GACACGUGGCAGGCUACAAAAUCCCCACCCUCAGAACUGCAGUUGGAACAUUUUGGAAACUCCGAAACGAUAACUUGCUCAACUGGGUAACGGUUCCCCAGUUCAAUCCUACCAAAUCCCAAAACUCAACUUAUAAAAAACCAGUUUUUCUUUUGUGUUUAAUCUGCACUUGCAGAGAAGGAAAGGAGAUGAAAAAACUGUAACAACAAAGUCUUACAGCAAAAGAAGAAAGAAUGCAAGGACUGGGGAUUCUUCAUACACCAUUGCCAUUCAAUCCAAGCAAGAAGCUUCCCUUGUCAGCUUUUACGGACGCUCUUCCAAGCUGUCGCACUCUUUCCAGAAAACCAUCGUUGAGAUGUAGAGUGAUAUCAAGGUGUGCUGGCAGAAACGUACGAGUUCAAGCAUCUAAUGUUAGUAUCGGAUCUGGAGGCUAUGAAGACAGUGAGGAACACAAGAACAGGAAAAUAUUUCCCAGUGAUGCACCCAGUGACAGUUCAUCUGAAAUUGAGAAGCAUCCAGUUCAAAUCCCUUAUCCUCUCUCUGUGGGUCUUGUGCUACUAGGGUGCGCCUUAGUUUUUGCUCUGAUUGCCUUUGUGAAAGGAGGACCUUCAGCACUUUUAGCAGCAAUUGCAAAAUCAGGCUUUACGGCUGCAUUUUCUUUAAUAUUUGUUUCUGAAAUUGGUGACAAGACAUUCUUCAUUGCUGCACUCCUAGCCAUGCAAUAUGAUAAAGUACUGGUUCUGUUGGGGUCAACUGGUGCUCUUUCACUUAUGACAGUCCUGUCUGUCAUUAUUGGGCGAAUAUUUAACUCGGUCCCUGCUCAAUUCCAGACAACCUUGCCAAUUGGAGAAUAUGCAGCAGUAACUCUUCUACUAUUCUUCAGUCUCAAAUCAAUAAAAGAUGCAUGGGACCUUCCAUCAAGGGAUGUGAAGAGUGGUGAUGAGAGCAGCCCUGAGCUCGGUGAAUAUACCGAGGCCGAGGAGCUUGUGAAAGAGAAGGUGUCAAAGCGGCUCACUAAUCCACUUGAAAUUGUCUGGAAAUCGUUCACCCUUGUAUUCGUUGCCGAAUGGGGAGAUCGCUCAAUGCUCGCCACGAUCGCUCUCGGUGCUGCGCAGUCUCCAUGGGGCGUGGCAAGUGGAGCCAUUGCUGGACACGUACUUGCAACAUCUAUUGCUGUUCUAGGAGGGGCAUUUCUUGCCAACUACAUUUCCGAAAAACUGGUUGGCUACAUGGGAGGUGCGUUGUUUCUAGUUUUUGCAGUAGCCACAUUUUUCGGAGUUUUCUGAAAAUUCUCGCAAGCGAGAGAGAGAGAGAGAGACAUCAGUGCAUCAAGAGAAAACAUCGAUGCACAUGAGACGGCCGUGGAAUAGUGAUUGGAGGGAUAUAGAAGAACUGCGGAUGUGUUAGUGGAGUAUUCGCAUGGCUUAUAUCCUUGCAGGCAACUUAAUUCAUAUCCGAAAGGUUUCGUGGUGAAAUGUUUAGAAGUUUGGCAGAGGUCAGUGGCUAGAUGUUCGGCAUCUCCUCAGUGGCUGCUCUGGAUUCUUUGUUCUAUAAUGUUCCUCCAAUUCCUAUGAACGCCAUCAUUAGAAAUUGAAUGACAAAAUUAACGGUCUUAAACACUCUUUA